GGCAGUGCGCUCCCAGGGUGGCUCGCGCUCGCGCUCGCGCUCUGCGGACACAUGGCGCGCGGGUCCCGCUGACGGCGCUCGGAUCGUAUCGGUUUGCGCAGCUGGAGGAAAAAAGAGGAGGAGAAGCUCUCCGCCGGCGAGCGAAAUCAUGGAAAUGGAUGCUUCGAAAUGCCUCCUUCUUCUUUUAAGUCUCAGCUGCUUUUUCUUCUCCGUGCGAUCUAAGCUGAUGUGUGAUAUAAUAGCAGAGAUCCAAAAAGACAAAGAUCGGUGCUUAUUAGAGAUGGAAAACGAAAAUGUCACCUCAGGUUGUCAAGGCAUGUGGGACUUCAUGAUCUGCUGGCCCUCGGCCAGGCUUGGAGAAGUGGUGACAGUAGCCUGCCCAAAUUACUUCAGCUCCUUCAGCUUCAUCAGUAAGGGUAAUCUGUCGAAAACCUGCACCUUGGAGGGCUGGACAAAAGUACAAGAACACUUUGGCCAAAAUUGUGGGUAUAACCAAAACAGCACCAUAGGUGAGGAGAAGGGGAAUUUCUUUACGUCGGUGAGGACUGGCUACACCAUUGGUCACAGUGUUUCCCUCAUCUCGCUUACAGCAGCCAUCAUCAUACUGUGCAUCUUCAGGAAGUUACACUGCACAAGGAACUAUAUCCACAUGCACCUCUUUGUGUCCUUCAUCCUGAAGGCCAUCGCCAUAUUAAUGAAAGACGUGGUUCUCUACGAGGUCGGAGAGUUCGACGACUGCUUCUCGGAGUCUGACGACAGCCCCACUUUAGUGAGCAAUUCCUCCGCAGUGCGGGCGAGCGAACGCGUGGCGGCUGGUGUGGAGGAAUACACACAUUACAGCAGAGUUGGAUGCAAAGCUGUCAUGGUCUUCCUCCAGUACGCCGUCAUGGCCAGCUUCUUUUGGCUCCUGGUGGAAGGCCUCUAUCUUCACGCUUUGCUGGCAGUUUCCUUCUUCUCCGAGAGAAAAUAUUUCUGGGCCUACAUUCUGAUAGGCUGGGGGGGUCCCAUUGUUUUCAUCACCGCAUGGAGCUUUGCAAAGGCGUAUUUUAAUCACACUGGGUGCUGGGAUAUUAUUGAAGCUACUGACCGCUUCUGGUGGAUCAUCAAAACUCCUAUUCUAGCAUCAAUACUGGUCAACUUCAUUCUCUUCAUCUGCAUCAUCCGAAUUCUUCACCAGAAAAUAAACUGUCCAGAUAUCGGACGGAAUGAAUCCAACCAGUAUUCGAGGUUGGCAAAAUCAACUUUGUUGCUGAUCCCCCUUUUUGGAAUAAACUAUAUAAUUUUUGCUUUUAUUCCCGAAGACUGGAACACCGAUGUGAGGAUGGUAUUCGAUCUCAUUCUCGGCUCAUUUCAGGGCUUCGUAGUAGCAGUUUUGUAUUGUUUCCUGAACGGAGAGGUGCAGGCAGAGGUCAAGCGGAAAUGGAGGAGGUGGCACAUGGAGAGGUUCCUGGGUGCCGACAUGAAGUCCCAGCAGCCGUCCAUAGGCAGCAACGGCAACAACUUCAGCACACAGAUAACCAUACUGACCAAGUGCAGCCCGACGACACGCAGGGCUUCCGCCUGCCACGAUGACUCCUCCGUGCUCUAGUGUUGCCACCGUGCUCGGAUUUGCUCUCUCGCCAUCUCCGUCGACAUCCUGGCUUUCACAUUUCACACCACGUUCCAGGAUGCAGUCGAGCAGCAGUUGGAGGAUGUGCAACAUAGCGCUGUGCCCGGACGGAGCCUGUUCUUCCCACUGAUCUUACUAAGUUCUGAUAUUGAAGUAAUAGUUAUGUUUGUAGCAGCCCACAUUUUUCAGAUAUGUGAAGUGGUGUAGUACCCAAAGUCAGUGCCGCCGAGUGUGUUCAGAUGUCUGAUUGUAUAAACACAAUGCUGUUUGCAUGCAUUCAGUCUGAAAAAAUCUAUUUUGCUUUUGUUAGCUUUGAUACAUUUGUAAAUAUUGGACAUUUAUCAAAGCUGGCAGCAACUGGAGGAGGUAUGUUUAUGCAGUUAUUAGUACAGCCCUAUACAGUGUAUAAAUAUUCUGCAUACAGUACAGUGUACAGAUAAACAGUAUAUUUGAUAUUAGGAUCAAAAAUUGUACAAAUGUUACUGUAAACAAGUAGAUAACGUUUAAUAAAAAAUA